GAUUAAUGCUGAAUAUACCAAAAUCCAUUUACGAAUAUUAAUUGCCUUUUUUUUAAUAUUUAAUUUAUUCUUUGCUUGGACACCUUGCGCUUGGAUAAUAACUGCGCUUUGUUUGUUACAGCUUGAAACUCGAGUGGCAUGACAUGAUGGGUUCAGAUGAUGCGGGGCAUAUUUCUACACCAGGGUGAGUAAGACGAUUGUUUCGUUCUGUUCUGUUCUGUUUCGUUUGGCUUUGUUCUGUCCCAUUCCGUUUAUUCAGAGCCCAGUGCCUUUGUUCUGUUUCAGUCAUGAACAAUGGCAUCCAUAUCCCCAACCACUCUUCGUCACAUCGUCGUAUGACCACUCUGCAUAAGGGAGGCCCAACCUUUUUUAUCCUAAGUGAUGAAAAUGACCAGUCUCAAGAGCCCCUAAAUCUACACUAAAUUUGCCCAGAGCUUUUUGUCACUUGAUAAAGAGGUCCGUCUGCAUCAGUCAAAGCUGGCUGCCCGCAUUGCAUCUCUUACAAGCAGGGGGGGGGGGGGCCUCCAGGGCAUUGGCGCUAAAUUGCCAGUGCCGUCGUCUGCCCCGCCUCCACUGCGUCCUGGGCUGAGCCUCCUGUCCAACGCGGCAGCUGCAGACACUGCCCUUCGCUCCAGUUUUUUUUUCCUUUCUCUUUUUUUUUUUCUCCCCAGACCUCAACCUUUUUUCCCUACGUUGCACAAGGGUCAAAAUUACCUGAAAAGCCUCGGUAUAAUACCACUGCCACUAGUUCAAAAGAGCUGUUCUAUUGUGUACGGAUUCCUCUUAUUCAGAUUACCACUGUUGACCCCGCUUCUACUGCGCUUCCGCCUAUUGUCGCGUCAGUCACUUACACUGCCACUUGCUGCAUCUGUUCUUCUGCUUCAGCUCAGAUUACUUCCAUCCAUUCUGCUUCUGCAUCCUUUAACACUUUCAUCUUUUACAAACUACUACCUCUCAAUCCUCAGCGCAUUAUAACCCUUUGUGCAUCCGUCUUUUUACCAAUCGUCCUCUAACAUCCUUGCCCUCUACAGCCGUUUGCACGGUCUUCUCAACUUUCGGAGCCGCCGAUCACGACGACCAGGCAGCUCAAGCUCGGCUGACACCUCGGACUCAACCUUAACCGCCAAUUCCGACUACGAGAUCACACCCGCAGACUCGACAUCGUAUUCUCCUGAAGUCUCACCUCGUUCGUCGACCUCAUCUACAUCUACUUCAUCCUCGACAUCAAAGCAACACAAGAUGCCGUUUCGUCAGAGGAUGGCCCGCCACUUUGGCGAUUCGGUAUGUAACCCCGCAUCUCCGUACGCCUGUUUAGGUAUCGAUCCAAUGCGCCUAUCUUUGAGAUGCGCUUUUGGUGGAGUUUAGCAUGGAAUGCGACUUGUCUCGUGGCGUUGACGCUAACGCCUUGCAAUAGCUCGCUCCCGAGAAGCCCUAUCUUAGCUACUAUGAUGUCCUCUUGACAGCUGAGGAUAUCAAGGCGCUCAAGCACGACUGGUUGACAGAUAACAAUAUUGCUUUUUGGGAGGAAUAUCUGGAGCGCGAAACACUUCCCAAGUAUCCUCAAGCUCGCAUCGUCCUGCUUCGUCCUAGCAUGACAUUCCUUCUUAUGAAGGAGCCCGACCUCCGAUCAGUCCAAUCCGCCCUUCCCGAUUUCUCAAAGGUCACCCAUAUCUUCCUACCCAUCAACGACAAUCGUAAUGUGAGUGUCGCUGAGGGUGGUAGCCAUUGGUCGCUGCUCCUUGUCUCGACCCUCGAUGGUGUCGCUUUCCACUACGACUCCCUCGGUGGUGCCAACUACUCUGAGGCCAACGUUGCAACUCGCAAGCUUGCCACUAUCCUCGGACGACCUCUUCGAUUUAUCAACCUCGAGGAUUGCCCCCAGCAGGAGAACGGUAGCGACUGUGGUGUCUUUGUUUGCUUGUUGAUGCGCCACCUCCUCGUCAAGCGCCUUCUCUGCGCUAAUGCCCGCGAGAAGGUGUCGAUGAGCAUGGGUGGUAAGAUGGUCGAUAGCUAUGGUGGCCGCAAGGAGAUGAUGCGAAUCAUCGAAAACCUCCGCAAGGAGGGCGAGCGCAGGCGAUCGAGGAGCGCCAGCCCAUUUUCGAACAAGACGCCGCCGCGGAUCGAAUAGAGAACGGACUGCUACGGCUCUUGCGAAGAAUUCGAGGAACUCUUAAGGCAAAUCAAAGAAGCCCAGACGGCAAAGGCGCGUAACGUCCGACAGCCCCCGCGGUCACCACCUCGGUCACCACGCCGUUCACCUCCUCGUUCUCAAGAGGCAAAGAAGUCCCCCGUCGACCAAAACGGCAAGGGUUCAAUUGCCAAGGGUCAAUUCUCUAAACCCAAGGGUACUUCUCCCACUAGACUUGUUGAUCAACCUCCUUGGAGAGGAAUGCGAAAUCGUGUGCGCACAAACUCGAACCCAGUUCGAUCUUCCAAGGUUUCACCUCCUCUUGGUCCACGAGCAUGCAAGUCCGACCGAGUCACCAAAGAGCCCAGGAUUCCAACAAGUCCUCCAACUCCCGUCAAAGUCCGGGGUAAGAGGUCUUCCAGCAGCACCAGAACAGCUCUCCCACCUCAAAGUGUGAUCGAGACCCUAUGAUGCACUUGUUCCACCACUGUAAUGAAAUGAAUUUUACGACGGAUGCGUCACGGUCGAUCAGUUUUGUUUUUUGUCAUCUCAUUUUGUCCUUUUUAUUCACCUGUGUCUUUUUAUCUUGGCGUUGGUGGUAGCGUGGAGCAGUAAGAGGAUGUGGUUAUCAUGUAACAGAGAAAGAUGCCCAUACACGCGUUUGUUGUUUUAAUGAUACUCCCAGAUAUCAAAGUAAUACGAGUUAGCGAUGAAGGCGUUUGGUAGGAUAUGGAAAAAGACACGCGUGCAUUAGCAUAGCUUAUGAAGAAUAUUUCUACGUUUAUAAACAUGACAAGUAUUGCAU